AUGAAGCCCCUCACAUGCCUUUCCCUACUGGCUGCCUCUGCUAUCGCCGCACCUAUCGCCAUUUCUUUCCCCAAACACUUCCACCUCAAGUCCAGAGGCGCCACCAACCAAGAGCAUAACAACCUCUAUGUUUACGCAUACCACACGGGCCCAGGCCUCAAUGAUGCCGCUCUGACCAAGGAUGUGAAUACUGCAAGCUCUAUUUUCUUAACUGGCACAAAAGCCCUCUUCAAUUUCAACACUGAAUCCCCUUGGGGAGUCGUCGCCACCGGCGAUACCAAAUAUACCUCCUGGGAUCCGAUCUCGAUCAACGCAUGCCAAGGAAGUAAUGGAUUCUCUGUCAAAGGCAACAACUUCCAGUGGUCAGAAGACAGCAGCUUCGGUGGAUGGCUCGUCUGCGACUGGUAUCACAAUGUGCCCCAGUUGUUCUACUUGAACCGCGAUCAUGACGCCGCUAUCCCCUCCAGUUGCAGCAAGGUCCAAUUGAAGGUGGAACUCCUCGGUGGCAUCUUCUGCCUUGGGGGGAUGACUUACACUCCUUUCAACAAUGAUGAUGAUGAUGAUGAUGCUUACCGACCUGAACUGCCCAAUCUAUGGGAACGGACUCCCUCGUAUGCCCCCACCCCUGGUUACCCAGACCGCGAAUGGACGCCAUCAGUAAUCUGUCCUUCACCCGAUCCCGAGGACAUAGUUGGUGAAUGUUCACCUCCCUUGCAUCAACACCCGUCCGACCAUCAGAGUUUUGAUCCUGUGGUUGAACGUGCAGAUGGAAAUGCAUGGGAUGAACAAUCUCCGGACUGUAUCCACUACCAGAUCGAGUGGAGGGUUAAAUUGAACAAUCGAGUUGUGGUCAAGGAUACAAAACAAGACCUGACUCAACCGCCUAGAUCCUACUGGGAACAGAUAAAAGAGGACGCUUGUAAUAUUCUGCGACGGAAGACAGCCCGUGGCCGACGGGUGAGACUAGAUGAUACUGACAUGGUCUUAUCGGUGAACUCCCAACGGGACAUUGACAAACAUUUUGAAGGCACUAGUGUUGAUUGGACAGCGGUGGAGAAACAGCUGCUAGCUACAGAACCGGACAGCUCUGGAUCCAACAGUGGACACGUGACCCCCAAGGAGAUUCGACAGAUCAUUGAACAACUGCAACACACCAUCAAUAAGCAAAGCGUGCUGAUCCAGGCGACUAGAACCGAGCUGCGGGAAGUGAGACACAGCCAGAGCGAGCUACAGAACCAGAAUGAAACGCUACGGGAAGAGAUUCAAGCGAAACGUGAGGGAGAUUAG